UUUUUGUUACAAUCGGCUAGUAACACAUUGCAUAGUAACUUCAAAUCCUUUAAUAAAUUUUUCAAAACAAAGUUCUUCAGAAAAGAAAACUCUUUGAACCUUAAGCUUGUACUUUAAGAGUAAUUCUCUAUUUGGACUAGACGAAACUCAAAUAAGAGGAGGAAGUCAAGUUUAAAUUGGAACAACUGUUUGCUUUUCUGAUUGAAGGAACUAAAGAAGUUUUCCCACCAUUCUUCGCAUUCAUCAUGAGCGAUCCUUCGAUUGGCUCCUCGUCCCCAAACUGGGCAACUCUAAUCAAGAAUAGCAAUGAGUCGGACCUAGAGCUGGCGGACUUUGUGAAUCCAGUAGGUACAAAUGACUUGGAUGUGCCUUUUGAGUUAGCUCAGACAUUUCCGCUCCUCAUGGGCAUUGGAAGUGCGGAUCCCACCGGCGGUGGCCAGAUGUCGCCCUAUGCUCCCGUCUUUCAUCCAAUGGGAUCGUAUGCAUCUCAUCUGCUGGCACUCGAGCAAGCGGCCCAAAUCAAUCCACAGUCGUUGGGGGGGCCAUCGUUGCGCGCUCUCGAUGGAAAUGUCGAACAAUUCUUCGAUCGUGCCGAAUAUAAUAUGUACGCUAACAACGAGACCAACAACGAGCAACAACAGCAGAAGAUGUCGCAAGAAGGCAACGGCGGCGGUGGCGUUUGCGGUGGCGAGUCACGUGCAUUUCUAGAGCAAUUGGAAUUGCUGCCGGAUGCAAAUGUUUUGCAGCGUGAUUUUUGGCGUGGCACCGGACAAGAGGCCGCAAUACGCGCUGCAUCACAAUGCUGGCCGGGACGCGAAUGCUUUCGCGAUCUCAAUCAGCUGAUUGCAGCGGUGGCAUCUCAAGUAGAAACGGCAGGAGGAAGUCAACAAGCUGCUGCUCCAGAAAUAGACAAUGACACAAAGUCGACGGCAGCAGCAGAUGAAGAGAAGCCGGCAGAAACCGCGCAGCUGGACAAAGAUACUUGCAACGAGAUGAAAUUCGCUGAGCAACAAUCGAAAUCGCCGCCGCCACCGCCGCAGCGUGAAUGGUGGCGUGCUGCCACGUUUCAGCCACAACAGGAGGCAACUUCGUCCGGCUGGAAGCCGUAUUCCUAUGGCCGACUGAACCCAGGUGCAGAGACAAAAACAAACGACAAAUCCUGCGAUGAUGCCACAAAUGGAACAGCUGGAAAUUCACCCAACGCAGAUUUUCCUAGCUUCGAAGAUUUCGCCAAGCAGGUGAGCGACUGCAGCUUGUCCAGUUCGGAGUAUUUGUCCACGCUGCGCAAUCUGAUGAUACGCGCCCACAAUCUGAUGUUGCCGCUGCUGCGCGGUCGCUUCGCCAACAUGUCCCAGGUGCAGAUGGCCGCCUAUACGUCGGCCAUACUCGAGGUGACGCCACUGCAUCCGAGUAUCUUUCUGCCUGCGCAUUUGUCGCAUCCAGUGACAGCCAGUGCCGGACUCUUUUCGCCUCACCGUCCACACGGUUUCACACACCCGGAUCUGGCUCAUCUGCAACAGCCGCGACCGGUGCUCGUCAAUGUGGGCACACAGACGGACUAUCACUGCUGGUGCAUGCACAUCAGCAUGUUUCCACCGCCGCCGUUGCACAUGCCACCGGCUCCACCACAGUCGCAGGCUCCGCUGCAGCCACCGUCGCGUAUCCAGUCGAGUGCGGCAGCUUACUAUGGCGGAUCAAGUGGCGCACGCAUGAUGGCACCUUGCCUCACAUCUCCAGUCAGUUUCUGGGCACAUCGUCCCAUGGUGGCAUCGCCAUCGAAUCGCGUGAUCGUGAAGCAGGUGAACAACAUCUUUCUGCAGCCCACGGGCCCGGUGAUGCCCAUGAUGCCGAUGAUGCACUUUUCGGUGCCAUCGAAUGGCGGACAUGCUGGCGAUAUGCCAUUUGUGGUCUACGACAUUAACGAUAAUUAUCCGGGCGCUGCUGCAAGCAUGGCCCAGAUGAUGCCGAAUGUGAUGAACAAUAUGCACUUUAUGCCACCGGAUGCAAUGCCACCAACUGGCAUUGUCAUUCCCCCCAUGACCGUGUCGAUGCGCACUUUUAAGCCUAUGCACGAGACUUUCGCAUCCUUUGAGGCGCCCGAGGAGAGCGAUUUGAACGAAGAGCUUGCGGAUGCGAACUCUGGAAGCGAUGCAACGCUUGUGCCCAAGCAGGGCGCAGAGAAAGACAAUCGAAUAGGAACAAGUCGCAAUGCCUACGAGUUUCCUGUUGAAGCCGAUGAGGAGGAGCUGAUCAAAAGCGAAACCUUCACCAACAGCAAUACGACUCUCACAGAGACUGACCUUAAUCGUGAGCCAAAUGCAAAUGCUCAGAUCGACAUGCUGUCUUCAAAACCUAAGGUGAAUGGAUCGAAGGCAUGCAAGUUAUUUUAAUAAUGAACUUUUUCAUCAUAGUGAUACGAUGUUCACCUUUCAUAUACCUAAUAUUGAAUGAAUAUUAGAACAGCUUGCCAAGUUUGCUGAAUUAUUUUAACAAAUGAAUCACUCUGAAUAAUAAUAUAGAAGUUGAAAAAUAUUCACUGAAUCCACUUAAUUUUCCUACACAAACAUUCUUUGACCAAUAAUG